AUGCCUUCUUCACUAGUUAAAAUAACGGACCUUGAACUGAGAUGCACGUCCAUCCUCUCCUCAAAUGAUCAUCUGCAUGCUUUAUGUCUGCACCAUGGUAUCAUACCACCUGACUCUAUCCCCCUGGGCAGUGCGGGUGGUCCACCUAAGGCCUCAAGUACUCUGAAUAGAGGGACCUCUCAGGUCCUGAAAGAACCAGUUACCACCUCCAAUCAGUUUUCUGUUCUCUGCGAUUUGCCAGAAGCCACAAAGGGCUGCCCCUCUACCUCCUUCCCUGUCACCUCCCAUCGUUUGAAGAAACAAAAACCGCCAACUGCAUCUAACUCUCCUCGAUCCAAGAGGUCUCAUGCAACAUAUGCCCCUCGAAUCGAUGCAGUUUACAGCCCUACUCUCCGAAAAUCCCCUCAAAGAAGACCCCCUCCUCCACUUCGUGAACAGAGACAGACCCCUCUCCCCACUGGGAAUCCCCGUGGCUCCCCACCGCCUGUCAGCAAUGUCCGCGCCUCUGUGGAUCCACCCCUCCCGACCUUCAGAGCCAACAAUAUCACACCCCGCAGACGUUCAUCCCCCCAUCCUGUCUCUCCAAACUAUGUUGCUCCUGUUUACGCACCGCCAAGUGACUUACCUCCGUGCCCUCCGUUCCCUAGACAUAUGAACUCCUUCACUUCAUCUCCAGUGUCUACACUCCCGGGGCAUACGUCCCAUGGCCAGAACGAUGCUGCUGGCUCAUCCUAUAGAGCCUCCCUCGCUGACCACUCGCUGCAUACUGCUUUUGAUGUCUCUCCCAACAACGCUUCUUUCAUACCACCUCCUACUCUUAAUCGCAGCGUCAGGAUGAAUAUCGGCAAAUCCUCCCCAACUUUAGCUCUUCCUGUUAGUGAGGGUUCCUCUCUACCGUCACAUUCUCCCUUGCUCGCCAGCGUGAAGUCAGCAAUAUCCUCUGAUGGCAAAGAACAGCACAGUCCCUCGCACCCUUCACAGGGGUCUGCUAGUGGCAUCUCUCUCCCCUCCCCAUGUCCCUCGACAGCUAGCACUUCUGUCCCCAUCUCUGCGCCAACGACAGCGGUAGCUAUUAACUUAUCAGGCUCGCACUCACCGCCUCCUACUGGUCCUCAAAAGCAAACUAGUGAUACGCUGAUCUCCUCCCCCAACUCCAGGAACUCGCUCAACUCCUCGCACCACCCUCCCUCUGGCAAACCAAAUCCUCUCACCAAUGCUGCCCAGGUGAAGGCAGCAAACGUUACGAAACAUUCCAAUCACUACAGACAUCUUCAUAGUACCUCUAUUUCACAAGCUCCCAGUACUCAUCAGCAUGUACCGCCAGCAGAAUUUGUCUCCCAAGACUCCCUCCUGGAUUUUCGCCAGGGCCGGGCCUCUCUGCGCACUCAUAUACAGCUCAUGGAAACAGUGUACUAUGCUGCAGCCCAUGCCUUAAACAACCUGACUAUCCCAUAUGUGUACCACGACAAAGUAAUGAUCUCCCAACUUCACAUGAUCCACCACCAGAUCCUGGGAGCCACGCAAGCCAGUUUGAACCUCCUCCCCGCUCACCCCCAGUCAAAUUAG